AAGAAUUUAAAGAAUCUCUUGUUCAAGGAAUAUGCGGAGGUCUUCAUCCGAAAUUUGCAAAAGAAACACCGGACGUUUAUGUUGAGUUGGCAAGCCAAUGUAUGAAUGCAGUUGCAUCUAAACGUCCUUCAGCAAAUGGUUUUAUGCAUGCUAACACAAGAGCACUGUAUAAAUAUUUUCAAAGAAGCUGA